AUGGACGUAGAUAAAUCUCUAGACGAUAUGAUCGCCGAUAAACGUCAGUCUGGAAAGGGAGGAAGGAGAAGUUUGCCUAAUAAACGAGAACAAGGUACUCCUUAUGCCAGACCCCCGCCAAGAUCCACAGAAGAUAAAUGGGUCCACGACGCUUUCCGCGGUCCAGGAUCCGGUGGCAGAGGGAGAGGCGGGAGGAUAGUCUCUGCUGGUAAUGGGAUCGCAGCGGUCGCAGGGACUGGCUCUGGGUUCACUGGGAUCUCACCAAGGAUAGAAGUGGUUGGAUUACAUUAUGAAGUGACGCCUGUGGAUCUCAAGAACAUCUUCUCUCAAGCUGGCACCCUGGUCCAAGGACCCACUAUCAAAUAUGACCGCUCUGGACGCUCGACCGGCGUGGCAACGAUGGAGUACGCCUCUGCUCAGCAGGCCAAGAUCGCGAUCAACAAGUUUGACGGUGCCAUGACCAAGGGCCAAACCAUCUCGAUUCGUCUCCUCCCUCCGGUGACACCAAGACUUCAAGUGACGCCGCAAUCUUCCAAGCCGUUGAUUGCCCGCAUCGCCGGAGGAACAGCUUCUAGUGGAUCAACGCCCACUAACACGGCCCCGAGAGGACGUGGUGGAUUCCGCGGUGGAAGGGCGAGAGGAAGGGGAGGCAGUGCAGUGGGUGCCAGGAAAGGAGUCGCUAAUCAAGGAGACUUGGACAAGGAACUGGACAGCUUUAUGAGUGGUGGCGGGGUGAGUGAUGGUGCCGGUUGA